ACUCCGCUUAAUUAAAGAGCGAGAUUGCGACUAACUCCCAAAACUUUAUCAAUUCAUGUCAGCGAUUAAUCGUUUGAAAUCACCAGCGUCAAUGAACAGUACAAGCAGGUGGGGAAACCCAGUAAACAGUGCGUUAUGGCUGGAUAACCAAUCGAGGCGGCGGUGAAAUACGUUCCCUGUGAGAACGACUUGGUGCGUCACUUCUCCGUUCCAGUAGGUGGCGCAGGUCACACGAGCAGGUGGCACACGAAGAAGAAGCCAACAGCACGGAGACAGCCUUACUUGCCUUCAACUAUGGAGGAACGAUUUGCCUUUCUCACUGAGUGGUAUGACCCCACGGCCUCUCUUGUAAAGCGCUACCAGCUCUUUUAUUACCCCAGCAGUAACUCUGUAGAAAUGUACGAUAUAAAAAACCAGCGGAUGUUUUUGAGAAGGAGUAAAUAUGAUGGCCUAAAUCUAGACGACCUUUUUGUUGGAAAUCGAAUUACUAUAUUUUCACGUCAGUUGAGUGUGAUUGAUUAUGGAGAUCCGUACACUUCAAAAAGACUCGGCAGCAAAAAAGAGAGAACUGUGGCUCUAAUAAAGCCUGACGCAGUGUCAAAGAUUGGCGAUAUCCUCGAGAUGAUCUACGCUGCCAACUUAAUUCUGACCAAAGCCAAGAUGACACGACUCACAUGGUUCCAAGCAGCAGACUUCUAUGCAGAGCAUCAGUCCAAGUCUUUCUACAAUAACCUGGUGCAGUUUGUGUCCUCGGGCCCUGUGGUUGCCAUGGAGCUUAUGGGCAAUGAAGCCAUCUCAGUGUGGAGGAAGCUGCUGGGACCCACCGACUCGUCCAUAGCAAAGAUUGAAGCGCCCGCUUCUGUCCGUGCCAAGUUUGGGACAGACAACACACAGAAUGCAGGACAUGGCUCGGAUUCAGUUGCUGCUGCUGCUAGAGAGUCGGAAUUUUUCUUCCCGACCACUGUUGGCCGAGGUCCCCCAAACACUGCUGUAUUAACAGACUCCACAUGUUGCAUCAUCAAACCUCAUGCCUUAUCUGAAGGUCUGACAGGGAAGAUAAUCAACUCCAUAUCAGCCGAAGGCUACAAAAUAACUGCCCUUCAAAUGUUCAGCGUGGACCAGGUCAGCGCAGAAGAAUUCUUUGAAAUUUACAAAGGCAUUGUUACGGACUACACUAGCAUGGUCACAGAGUUGUGCUCGGGACCCUGCAUGGUGCUGGAGGUCCAGGGCAAGGAUGUGACCACAUCAUUCCGGGACUUCUGUGGCCCCUCUGAUCCAGACAUGGCUCGCCAUCUUCGGCCCACCACACUCCGAGCUCUCUACGGGAAGGACCGAGUGAAGAACGCGGUUCACUGCACGGACCUCCCGGAGGACAGCCCGCUGGAGGUGCAGUAUUUCUUCAAGAAUCUGGAUGACUGAGCACUUGUGAGCCUCACUCGCCAUUCAUUACUUUAAACAGACUCCAUGUCCGUACUCGCUCGACACUGUCACCAUAGGGACUGAAGUUAAAUAUUGUAUGUAUUGUAUACAUUUUAAAAAACGUGUUAUUGCUGCUUUUUCAAGACUCAAAAAUCGUGAAUAAACCAAACAAACGUCCGAAUCUGUAGAGCGAGGACUAUUACAAUAUGGCGCACUUGCGCUAGCUGUCGCUUCAUUCGAGCACAGAGUUUGUGUCAGGCAUGCAAAAUGGAGGCCUGUACCUCAUAAUGCACUGCAACAGUCUGAAGAACCAAGCGCUGAUGACUAGCAUACCUGACUAAACAGGUCAUUCUAUACAUUUGUUUUGAGUUUCACACAAACAACUUUUUUGAGGAAAAGUCAGAACUUGAAUCUGUCUUUGAAUGUUUUAAUAACACCAGGAUUGACACGUGCCUCAGUUUCCUGUUUAUUGUUUCAGAGUUAUGAUUAAAUAAAGUGACAAGAGCAGACUCCUGAAAAGGCUUUUGAUCUUCAACAUUGAAUUUAAGUCAUUUCACACCGACUAUGCAUCUUAUUACAGGGAUACUGAAUUGCCUCUGAUAUUCUAACCUUUGACCAGCGACUUUGGUUUUUGGAUUCAUUACAUGACACUUUGAAAAAAAAAUGUACAACUGCAUAAAUAUAAAAUUCUUCCACCAUGAAAAUGGCUAAAACAUUCAAUAGUAAGUGUCACCACAUGGUGUGAUGUCUCCAGCAAAAGGAAAAAAAAAAAAAAAAAAAAAGAUUUUCAAGAGUUGCCACUGUUUCUUCGAGGCUGGACCCACAAAAAAAAGCACUAAACUACCAAAUAAAGAUAGAAACAGAUGUAUCAAACAGACAAGUUGUUAAUCCAGAUAAACUACAAAGAAAUGUGUGUGAAUGCAUCCUUCCACAUUCUGGGUGAAGAAAACGUUUUCCAUGGAGCGCAGUCAUUAUCAGACAUCGGCCUUAAAGGUUCAGAGUACCGUGCUAGUAUUUCAGUUAGUCAGAGCACUUUUAACACACUCCACACGCACACACACACACACACACUCACGCUCACACAUCAACUAAUAUGGCUGCACACAGACACAAACACACCUUGGACCACUAAAGCUGACAUAAGACAGAGGAGAUUACGGGAGACGGGACGACAACACCGGACUCUAAAAUAUAUUUAAGCACAUCAGGAUGGAACACUGCGGGGACAGAAAUGCACUAGCUACGCGUCAGUAGUGGAAUUGCAGUUUUACAGUAAUAGAUGAACACAUCCCAUGGCUCAAGGAAUAUUUUCAUUUACAGUAGAAUAAAUAUUUGCUAUUGCUACUCUUGUAUUUUUACAUUCUAACCCUGGACAGACACACGGAAGAAGCCUAGUGUAAAGCACACAGAUUAAGUGUAGGUCCUGUAUAUCAUGAAUGUUCAAAGACUAGUGGUGUUUCAAAUCUGAACUCUUUUCAAUCUCUACAUUUCAACAUGAGAGUGCGCGUCAUGGCUGAGGUCACGAGGUGAUGGUGAAUUUUACAUCAAAGCGUCCCUGGUAGCGGUCCUUCUCGUUGUAGUCGAUGUUCUCGCCGUACACUUUGCACUCGAUGCGCAGCUCCUCGUUCAGGGUCAGGUUGGUGAACUGGAUGGCCACCAGCGGCUGAAGGUAGUCUGGGUGGAGCACUUUGCCGUAGUAGGGGUAGUACUGCAGGGGGAAGCCGCCGCCGCCGAUGCCAAAGUACUUGAUCUCUCCGAUCUUGUCGAAGUCCUCGUCUCUCUGUAACCACAGGGGCCGCUGUUAAACGCCACUCGAAUCGAUUCAAGCACUGCACUUGCGUGUGUGGGGGGUGGGUCGACGUCACAUGGCAACCCCUGAGCUUUGUCAUAGCUACGUUUGGCUUUAGAUAGAACCUCAGCCAGUAUCGUCGACGUCCAUUUCAAUAUGACUGUGAUCUGCGUUUUGUUCAACCAUGCAGUGGUAUUGAACGAUACCGAGGUCUAAAAAGGCACCCAAGCUUGACCUUGACAACAGAGUCUUGUGAAAGUGAAACGGUUAUCUGCUUGGGUGAUUGUCCUUAGCAAUGUUUGAGCGCUUGUGAAAGACCCUCUCUGGGCUUAACAAAUGAGCAAUAAGCCCAAUUAUUAACCAACUCCACUGCCCUUCAGCCUCAAGCACAUUUUUGUGACGUCGUUCUACUCCCUGCUUACGGCUCUUUUACAAGUUCUCUCAUUGUAACAAAGGUUUAAGUGCCUUUAACUUGGAGUCAAGGACAGACUUUUAGCAAACACUACUAAACCACAGAGGUCCAAAAGCUGUUUUCAAAGAGAACUGGACCGUAUGAGACGCAGUUUUGUGGGAGCCAACACUCUACUGGAAACUGCUUGAGCCCUAUAAAAAAUGUGGGCUAAGUUAGUUGAACCACAUUAGAGGACGACUCGUUCCCGCUCCUGAAGCUUCACAUUACCCCUAGCGUUCAGUAGACUUUUGCGUCCAUUGAUGAUGCGGGGAGAAGUCGACGCGCUUCACUGGUGGGUUUCCCCUCCUGUGUGGUGAUCCAUGAGGUGUUGGGCUUUGCUUGAUCUACUUUAUUUACUUUACAUCAGGGGUGGGGAAUUUCGUAAAGGCCACAUUACAUACAGUGACUGUUGUGGAGCCAAAGUUAUAAAUUUAGAAGUUUAACAAUGCCAUUGUGUUAUUUACUUAAAAUGUAUUGUUUUAGUACAUAUAUGUGUAUUGUCAUUGUAUAUCAUGACUGUCAACAUUAUAUUUUACAAGGUUUUUUACUACUUUAGUUUUAUUAUCUUAGUAUUACUAGCUAUAUAAAGAUAAGAUUCAAACCUAAAUAUAACUACAUUUUAUCUAUGUAUUUUUGAGUCAACAUAAAUGAGCGCCACCUGAUGGCAUUAUCCCAAUAUCCACAGGAAACCACAAUGAGUACAACAGUACGUUAUUUGAACUGUAAUUACACCACUUACAAUGACAAUAACACCAGGAAAGAAGCAGGUGACUAAAGACUAGAGUUGCUGUCAACUACAACACAAAAUUGUUACAAUUCCACACACUCACGAGGCGAACCCCUGUCCCAGCGUUGUUCAAGUGUUACAGUCGAGUAGGUCUCAACACUGAACACUUACCUUGUUUUUGCAGUGGAUGGGAAUCAGGUUGGGUAGAAGUUUCGUCUGAACGGACAGUGGCAGCGUCUGAUUAGCGGGAGCCUGAAAACAGACAGAUGAACGGUCAAACUUCCUGCUUCUCCAUGGCCAACACUCCACACCUGGGUGCUAAGGAGUCAAGCUCUCAGGCCUUUGAUGUGAAUCAUGCUAAAACGAAGAACAGAAACGCUGGAUAUGGAGAGGAUGAUAAACUGAUAUCUAGAUGCAGUGGUGCGGGGACUUUUCAGCUGUGCCACACCAUGGGGUGAUUUUUGAAAACCUUAGAAAUGAAGAGUCAUCGUUCGCACUUUACUACAGCAGGCUUCUUCUUCUUCAUUCUCUGAUCUGACCACACACACUACAACAUUCAUGUCACCUGACUUCACUCUGCCUUUAGAGCGGCUUCAGGAAAUGGGCAACAGUUGACUCCACCGCUAUCACAAUAGGAUCAAGUGUGAUAGUGAGAACUGCAGCUGGUCACUUCCAGCCAGUCAUGUCAGCCACUCGUGAAGCUGCCGCAGCAGUUGGAAGAGGUGCAGUCCAGUGAACGGCAGUGUCAAUGCUCUAGAUGAGGACAGGAACUGACCCUUGGUUUGAAGUUGACAAUCCUGUUCAGCUUGACGAUGAGGCAGGGCUUUCCCUCAGCGAAACCAAAGGUGGGGUCGCUCUCCCCUGAGCAGGUGGAGAGCCAGGACUUGGAGAAACGACAGGCCCUCCUCCUGCUUUUGUCAUUCUCUAUGGUGCCGCGGUCCUUGUAGUACUGGGGUUCAUCUGCAGAGGGGCAGAGCAGGAGCCUGUUAGCGUCAGCCAGGCCACGACAGGAGCAAUGAUCAUCUCCGUCUAUUGCUCUCUGUCAGCGAGGUAGACUCCUCUGCCAUAUGCCGUAUGAUUCACUGAUACUUGCCUCCACAAUCUUCAUAUUUGGAAUCAUCAGCCUGAGCUAUGUCAUUAUAGGGCUCCAGAAGUUUGUUCAUGCUCUUGGUGUACUUGUCAUAUGUGUUCGGAUCACUCUUUUUGAAGGAAAUCUCGGCCUUCUCAGAGCGUGGGGUGUGCGAGAGACCUGGGGGAGGCAAGUGGAGACGACAGUCAGGACAUAUAGAAGAAGGUAUCUUCACCAAACUAUUUCCAAUAAAAGACACAGAGAUGCCACACAGAAAUUCAUGUAUUCGAAGGAACACCAGAAGCAUGAGAAUAUAAAUAUCUAUAAUAUAUGCAAAAAGCCAAAAGGACUUUUGGUCUUCGAGGAGCCACGGAUGGUGACGAAUGAUUUUAAUAGAAGCAUUCGGGAGAUUAAUCUUAAAAUGUCACACAAAAACGUGUCAAUGAAGCCGAUCACUAAGAAAAUAUUUUCAGGAGAAAUGCAAAAUACAUUUCAGAGACACUACAGAGGGCUUUUUAGAGGGUUUGUAAAAAAGUAGAUGUGUCGUGGGAAGUAAAUGUCGCCCCAGUGUUGUGUAGUCACAGUGCCAUCACUGUACACACGGUGAGGUCUUGGGGGUUUCCUCACGUGGUCCCUGUCAGCUUGACAGCAGUAAUUUUCCACAGACCUUGUGCUGAAGGCGUGUCCCUGACACGCUGGUCGGCCCUCAGCGCACACAUUUAAGGGCCAUCUCUUGUAAUCUGUCGCGUUAUUUUAAGUCACUGGACUGAGUGCGAGACACUUUUACACACUGACAGUGGAAUGAGAUUCAGAACAGACUCGUGAAAAUUCACCAGACUCCUGCCCCCACCCAACCCGCAAGUGUGACUCUCUCUCAAUGGAAACUUUUAGCCUCCGAAUGAGAGGCGGGCUCGUAAAGAAAAAAAGAGAGAAAAAAAAAAGUCCCCACUUCCUUUAUCAUACUGGAAACUCACUUCAGAACUACAGUCCGACCUGCUGCUGAGUGAGUGGCGGCUGCUGUGACAGGAAAACCAUCCCGUGUGUAUGAGUCCUUUUACAAUUGCUGCUAAAAAUAUAUCCAAGGCUGAAACAUGUGCAGGUCGAACGAGACCAGGCCAGCCACUUAAAUCUCUGAGCUCUGUCCGCCUGCUAUGUGACGGAGCAGUGGCUCAGUAGCUUUGAAUUCUCACCCGAUUACACUGUUCUCCAGCAAAAACAAGCUUAGACCGGGCCAAACUUCCUUUCUCUAAGAACGGGCUGUUUGCCCAACGUGCACAUGUAAACAUGUCAGUAGUGAUAGUCGCUGCGAGUGUACGCUGCAACAGCCUGAGGGGAGAAACAUUGACUGGCUGAGAGGAGUGAAGGACAAAAUGGCUGAACCUAUCUAAGGUCAAAAAGGCGUUUUGAUAGACGAGCUGCUUGAAGGCACAUGCUUAAAGCGACGACACACACGAGUGUGGGAAGAUUUACCGCUCCUGAGCCUACGUGUUUUGUGAGCAGGGACCGUUGAAUGUGCCAGUUUGAAGCACUGAACUUGUCAAUGCACAUGUUAAGCUUUAGAUCCGCCAGAGUUCACUGUGUGUAUUAACUCCAUCAAAGAUGGUUUAGACAGAAGUAGAAAGCUGACAGAUGUGCAUCUCUCGCCCACAUAUGUGAGAGUGAUCCUAAUAUAGUCUCAGGACAACAGAAUUCUCCAGUCGGGGCCCUACUCCUGGCCCCUGUUAAAACUUUCAUUAGCCCAAACCACCUCCUUUAAUUGCUCUGUCUCCACAGACUGAUGUUCAAACGCCUAUUGUUGCUCCUUCCUGCUGUGGGCACAGGUCCGACACAUGACCUUGACGGGCUACACAACCCCCACCCUCAUCACUGUACAUCUAGUGGUUGACAAGGACAUUACAUCUGAGCAGCUCCUCGUGGCUUUAGAAUCCACGGAAGCUCAGCUGUCGUCCUCCAGUGUCAUAACAAACAUGGCCGCAGCCGUGUUUUCAUUUCAAUGAGAGGUUGGUCGUCAAAAGUAAAGGGUGCACAACCAACCUACGCUAAGCAGAGUGUUCCCAUACUGAACACCUUUUAGGUGUUGAUAUCGUUGGGUUUAGCUGUUCACGUAGUAACAAUGGAAGACAACGAUGAAGAACCUAAUACAGGAAGUCAGGUAUCAUCCAUUGUUCAAAAUAAGUCUCUACCAUCACUCUGGUGACCAAACCCAAGGACUACGUUGAGCCUGGUCUCAAACUGUUGACAUAUCAUUCACUAGCAGCCUCACUCUUGUGUAACUACUCUGAGCCAUAGGGAGAAUCGUAUUACUUGUGCUUCUCUAGUUCUAUGUAAACUGUUUUUGUUUUUGACUCUGCUUAACCUACUUUCUGUCAUGCCCUUCCACAUACCUAGAAGUCGUCCUAAGUUUAGCCUUGUUGCCCCUGCAGGAUAUGCAGACGGUUUCAGGUAUCCCAAACAAGUAGUACAUGUAGGAUUCAGGCAAACAAAACGUGCAAGGAUAUGGGUUUCAAACAUGUUCAUUGCAGAUAUCUGCUGUGUGUGUGGUGACAGUCUGCCUGAGAGCACUCGACUCACGUUUACAAACACAACAGAACUUCAAAAGUUGCCUAACUAGCUCUCACUGUUUACACAAAAGCUCAAUAUGUGUUUAUCUGCGUCGUGAUAGUGUCUCAGCAAGGCGAGGCAAACUCCACACGGCGGUUUCAUGCAUUUUCACAUUCGAACAAGAGGGAGAGUCUACCUGGUGGGGCGACCCUGUCCUGGUAGGUGGGCUUGUAGUUGCUAAGAGUCAGCAGCAUGGCCUGAAUGGUUCCGAUGAAAAUCCCAGCCAGGCAUCCGUAAAAAAUAACGUAGAAGAGGAAGAUCUUAACUGCAGGGAGAAGAGAAGGGAAAAUGAACGAGAAGUCAAAAUGAGUGCAGACAAAGCGUGGCAUUAAACAUGAUCAAUCUUGAAUAUUGACCCGUGAGGAGUCUUCAUUUUCGGACAAAUGUAAACGGUGUCACCUUUAAUGAACUCUCAAGUCGUGUAUCGACAACGCAUCAAUGAUCCAUAAUAGACUGCCUGGUUCACAAUGAUGUGGAUUCUCCAUCUUUAUCAAUGCUUUUUUUUCUCUCUUGUAUCGUGGCCCUCCCAGCAAAACCAGAUGAGUCAUUCCUGUCAGUGUGGAGCCACCUCUCAGGAGGACCCUUCCCCCGCACUGUCAGCAAAGGCAACAGGUUCUGCCUCUCUCCCCAGCGUGCCGCCACCCUCAACACAAGACCCUAAUAAUUACAUCCACGUUUCUACUCUCACACUUGAAAUGAGCGGUUCUCCUUCGCCCACGCUCGCCCCCAUCACCUGUUGCACAUAUAACUCCGGUACUACACGGUUAUGCAACACUGCAGACUUUGUUUCUGUGACGCCUCCCUGCGUCAGAGUAUUUCCACGACUGCACCGUUUGAAGGCCCCUUCUGUUGUUUUCAUUCAAAUUAAGAAUUGCUUCCCAGCUGCCCUGAACACAUUUAAACCCCUGAAGAAUCAAGUUGUGUCCCUGACUUGUACAUGUCGUCUCACAUUUUCAGUCCUCAAUUGUGGCCGUUUUCCAACUUGCCGCCACUUUCCUGCCAGGAUGAGCCCAGUUAAACCAGUUUAACAGGUGGAUGGUGAGCAUGGCGCUUCUUCUGCACACCACUGAACUGCAUGUUGAGAGUGAGGUGGGAGGGGGGUUUCCUGUCACACACCUCACAGUCUACUCUUCAUUUGUGUACUGCCGUUUGACUAAACACUGACAUUCAAAAUGCAACAUGCGCCCUCCCUGUGUGUAUUGCUACAUAUACAUUUCAUUUUCUGGCAGUCUGCUUCAGCAAAAUGGCUGCCCAUGGAGAGAGCGGCGCAGAUGAAAGUUUUGCCCUUCAACAAGGUUCCUCUACAGCACUCUUAGAGGAGAACAUGUCUGAGGGAUGCAUCUUGAUAGCAAAGACUAGCGGCUACGCCAACGUGAUCCGACAAGUGCGGGGAUUUUAUCACCAUAGAAAUAGCCGCUCACAUGAUGAGCAUUUGCAAAACACAUUGGGUUGUGCUCCUUUCUAAAUGUUUUGCUCGGCGCACUACUGCCAUGCGUGUUUAUGGCCCACUGCGGUUCGAUAAGAUAAGCUUUAUGACAAUGAAUGUUAUACGACUGUUUGAAUAAAGCAACAAUGGCGGGAUUUAAAUGAGUUGCCAUCUUUGUAUUCGUAUGUUAAAAUCUGGAAACUCCUAUAGGAGUGGUCAUUCACAUGCAUGUGAUGAGUUGCCAAUGAACAGCCCGGUCCUGCUUGUUCAUUCACCGGGAAGGGUGGGAUUAUCAGGGUGUCCGA